CAUGAAAGAGAAUAAUGAUAAAAAAUGACUCAAAAUAUAUACGACCUUCUUGUCGGCGUAUCUUUUGGGUCGCAUAUACUAAACUAUGUACAUUAUUUAUACCUGAUAUACUCUUUCAAUAUAUUCCAUAUGGACAAUUCAAGACAAAAGAAAGAAGAAUUGCUUUACGAGAAAAGAUAGCAUUAGUAUUGACUUCUUUAUUUAUUGUGGUCUUGUUUUGUGUUUGGUUGGAAUUCAUUACAGCCUUGUUUUGUGACCCACCACCUACUUAUGAAGACAAUGUUGUCUAUGCCAAUAGCUCGAGAUUGUCUUCUAUCAAUGGUGUUGUGGUUGAUUGGCAAGAUCUAGGCAACACAUCUCAAAUGACAGAACAAGUCAACAGAUAUCCUCAUUACGACUUAUCGCCCAUGUUUCCUAAUUUUAUGCAGUUACAACGACCGGCUGAUCGAACCACGUAUAACAACCAAUACAUAGACAGCUGUAUUAACGGCUUUAAUCGCUCUACACAAGCAGACAAUUGGCUAAAAUACAAAUUAGCCACUGAUCCCGGCUAUAAAGUAGAGAACAACAAACUCGUCUCUUGUCCUUAUCCUACUCAACGAAACAAGACGGGUGCGUCUUGCUUUUAUUCAAUCAUGAGUGAACAACAAUUCUUACGAUACCCAAGAAAAGGAGUGCUCAAGUUUGAUGCUGCCAGUGUGUAUAAUAAUUAUUCAACAUUACCUUAUCAUAGUUCACAAGGACAAGCAUUUGUCAUUCUUGACGGUACAGUCUUGGAUAUCACAGAUUAUUUAGAGGGUGUCACGAAUGUCGUUCGGGUCGCACAAGGCUCUUACUCUCGAUCGUUUGCUAUGGAUCGAAUGUUCUUGCCCUUAGAUUUAACCUUGUUGCUCUAUGUCCAUAUGGGUGAAGAUAUCACUCAACGCUAUUAUAAAGACAUAAAGAAUCCUCAUGCCUAUCGACAAUGCCUUCAUACCUUAUUUUAUCAUGGAGUAGCCGAACUAGAACAAGACAUAGGCUGUGCUCAUAUCAACUUGGCUUUAUGGAUCACACUCGGCUGUUUUUUGCUCUAUUUCUUGGUCCGCAUGAACCUCGCUUACUUGUCUCGACUACGAUGUAUACAGAAACUGGUCUAUAAAGCAGCCCCUUCGUCUCAUUCAGCAGAACAUGCUUUUCGGCGCACCCUCUCGAUCAUGAGCAAUCAUCGCCACUUGCCACCUUACACACUCUUGUUCAUUCCUUGUUUUGCUGAAUCUUCAGAGACAUUAAGACAGACAUUUGAUUCACUUGCCAGAACCAAUUACCCAGACACGCGCAAACUGCUCUGCUUUGUAUGUGAUGGACUUGUCAAGAGUAAAACAGACACCAAAGAGUCCUAUCUCUGUAUCUUGGAUGCCUUGGGCUAUAGUUCUACCAAGGAUCCUGAAUUACGCUCGUACAUCUCAUUGGGUCAAGGGUCUCGUCGGAUCAAUUAUGCCAAAGUGUAUGCAGGGUUCUAUGAAUCAGGACGUAAUCGCGUGCCGUUCUUGUUGAUUGUCAAGGUAGGCGCACCCCAUGAAUCUCUCUCGACCACACGGGUACCAGGCAAUCGUGGAAAGCGAGAUUCAAUGCUGAUGAUGCUUGGGUUUUUAGAACGAUGCAUGAAUUUAAUGUAUUAUCGCAUCACACCACUUGAAUUUGAACUGUUUAAUCUCUGUUAUAACCUACUGGGCAUUGAUCCUCGACAAUUGAAAUACAUGUUGGUGACUGACGCCGAUAUUCAAGUGCAAGACAAUGCCAUCUGUCGACUGGCUUCUCGGCUUGAAGCAGAUCCAAGAUUAAUGGCUGUCAGUGGUCAUAUUCGGCCUGCGAAUCCUGAAGAAAACAUCGUAACCAUGUUACAGAUCAUUCCGCUCUAUUUAACUCAGUACGCAGGUCCAGCCUUUGAAGCUUGUUUAGGGACAGUCACUACGAUUCAUGGUGGAUUUGUGAUGUAUCGACUAUGGUCAGAGACAAACAAGAAACGAACUAUGUAUUAUCCGUUUGAUGCAUUCAGUCAAUCCAGUCACGAAAGCGCACAUCCUUUUCACUCGACUGAAAAACACGCCAAAGUCAGUGAUGAAAUUGUACCAGGCGAUAUGCGAUCCACCAAUGCAUUUCAAAACUUGGAUUUAAAUGAUGAUGAUGAGGAUGAUGAUGAGGAUAAUAGCAGUAGUGAUGAUAAUGUGACUUCUACCACAACCACCAAUACCACUGUUACCAGUACAUUUCGAACCAAAAUGAGCUUUCGUCGUCGUGUGCACAAAAAGAAAAAGAAGGCAACUUCACCUCAACCACCUGUCUUUUCUUUAGCGCCGAACUCAAACAUAGAGCCUUGUUGUAUUCAACCUACUGUUUUGCGUGGUUUAGCAGCACCUAAACCCAGCACAAUGCAUAUGGAGAAUUUGCUGUUGUUAGGUGAAGAGCAAUACUUUAGCAUUGUUUUAUUACGAUCGAAUCCUAACCGCCGACUUGCCUUUGAGCCUGAAGCAGUAGGCUAUGCUGUCUUGCCAACGCAUUUCCUUGUACUUCAGGCCCUUGCCAUUCGACAUUUACGCACCACCUUUCAUUUCCAACUCGAAUUUCAACAUGUGGCUAAACACUUGGGUUGGAUGUACUGGAUUGUAUCAUCGACUAAACUACUGGAUACCAUCUUUACAAUGCCUUUGACAGCUUACUUAUACUCGGUCUAUAUUCGCUAUUUCACUUACCAUAAUCUUGCAUUUGCUAUCAUUGUCGGUGCAUUUACCUCGCUUAUACUACUGCAUGUCAUCUAUUUUAUUCUGCGACGUCAAUUUAAGUACACUAUUUGGCUUAUUCUGUAUUGCUUGUUUGCUGUCCCUUUUUUCAAUAUCUGGUUUGUGCUGCUCUCUGUUUGGCAUUCGAAUACUGCUUAUUUGUGGUACGAUGUCUGGCCUACCCAAUUCAAUCGUCGCCAUCGACUGCAUGGUAUUCUCAUGGACGCUCACGAGCAGAGUGAACACCAAGACAAUGAAGAUACAAUCCCUCGUAUGCGUCUGACAGACUUUGAAGUGCUGGAAGCAGAGAAAAUAGCCCAGCGUGAAAAAGAACAAGCUGAAAUGUUGGAUGCCAAAUUCAAUGGAUUUCAAGGCUACGUCCAUGUUCAGCAAGGUCAUGCCAGCAAACCUUCUUGGUCAUCCUCUCAUCUCGACUCACCUUUGAUUUCUUCACCUCCUUUAGCUCAAAUAAGAGAUAAACUGAAAUUGAAUGGUAGUCAUUCUCGGUUUGCCUCAGAUGAAGAUGCACGUCGCUACAUGAUAUCUCAAGCAUCGUCACAGACCAGUAGUCCUCGAAACCCAUUUGUUCAUGUUUUAGAUGAUAUGAUAGACACACGGCGACAUCGCAAGACGCGGUCUCAGUCAUCUUACUUUAGUCACACUUCCCAGCCUGAUCAUCAAGAGAUGUUUAUGCCACCACCUGUUGUACCACUGCCUACUCAAGAAGAUGACACAGAAUCCAUUAUUUCUCUUUCAAACUCGGUCAUUAGUCUUGAACAAUCACAUGUAGAAUAUCAUGGCAGUAGUCUGGGUGGUCGAUAUAUACGCUCUUCUUAUCAUGAUCAACAGUCAGAAGGAAGGGAUAGACCUGUACAUUCUAGAUACACUUAAUUGUAAAAUAAAAUAAAAUUCUAACGUGAAAAACAGCC